CAAAACAGGAAGAAGCGAGGGAUCAUUCAAACAUAUCUUGAGCGGUAGGACCCAGAGGAAUCCCUCGCUGGCACGACAGGGAAGUGUCGAAAAGGACAUUUCAUUAUCCCCAGUGAUUGCAGUUACAUUCUACAGAACAUCACUAACCGAAGCUACCAAUUGGUUGUGUCUGUCGAUCAGAGCUUCACCCGAUUCCAGGAGACGCAAAGCGCCUGUGUCCUGGUCAGUUUGCUCCCUAGAACUUUGUGAGUUUUGAAAGGUGUGACCUGCUGAAGGCGAAGAAGAGGUGAUGGGGUCUACUCCUUCACUGCCUGCCUGGGAGAUUCGCAACCUUGCGAACACGACCGGCUUUACUUCAGAGCAAAUUGAAAUCUUGCACAGAAGGUUCUUGCACCUAACGGAUGGGAAGGCUACAAUGUGGUAUUAGUAUUCUAGUUACUAUCAAAGAUUGUUUUGAUAACAUACCAGAUCUGGACUGUAAUCCCAUUAAGGCAAGAAUUGUCAAUGCAUUUUUUGAUAGGAGAAACUUGGGACAACAAACGAGUGGAACGGUUGAUGAAAUCACGUUUGAAAACUUCCUGACUACUUUAUCGUUUUUCCAACAUAUGGAUGACAAUCACACAAAAGAGGACUUAGAAUACUACAAAAAUGAAAAACUGCAAUUUUUGUUUCGGAUGUAUGACACUAAUGGAGAUGGAAAAAUCACCUUGGAAGAAUUAAGAGAGAUUAUUGACGAAUUAUUAUCUAAGACAUCAAAUACAGAAAAGACCUCCUCAUCAAUUGCAGAUGCUGCGAUGCUGGAAGCUGCAAACAUUUGUAUGGAACAAACGGAGCCUGAUCAACUGUACGAUGGAAUAACCUUUGAUGACUUCCUUAAGAUAAUGCAGGAUAUGAAGAUAGAAACAAAAAUGCACGUGCGUUUUCUUAAUAUGGACACUACUGCCUUUUGUAAAUAGUAAAAAUACAAAUCCAGAUUGCAAAGAAUCCAAGUCAACAUCAUCCCACAUGAAAACCUUUAAUUUUUAGCCACAAAACAAACAAAUUAUUUCAGCCAUUAUUGAAUAGAUUGAUACACACAUGAUUCCACUCAAACUAGUUCAGCUCAUCUUCAUUUUAUAACUUAUUUACUACAUUUUUAUGCUUGGCAAGCACGCAGUGUUUAAGUUUUAGAAUCUAGAACUGAUGUAGUUCCCUCCUGAAUUGAUCAGUGCUACAGUUUCACAGCUUUUUUUGUGAACGUAGCUUUAUUCCCUUUGCCUCAUUCAAUGUUGUACUAGAUGCUACAUAAACUACUAUAUUACAUCUCAAGCAUUUUCUGUGGUUCUAAUUAGGUGUAUCCAGCUUAAAAUUUGAAAACAAAAUAAUGUAGAUUACCAACUCUCCUCUUUCGCCCCCCCUCUACUCCCUUUUCCCUUUUCCCUUUUCCCACUUCUCUCUCCCUCACUCCCUCCCCUCUCUUACCUCCAGUUAAAGGCAAACAAUGUUUUCACAUUUUAUUAGCUAUCCCCAUUCUUCCAACUAAACUGCUCAAUUUCCCAUACCAUUGAUAGCCUGCUGUUCAAUUUACUGUGGAAUUUAAACAAGCCAACAAACCAAGGCUGUUAAUCUCAUUACUUAAAACAUCAAUUAUGUUGUGCUGAAAUAAUGCAAUGGCCCUUCCAGUAAUCUAACAACAACCUGCAUUAAUAAUUAAUAUAAAAAUUAAUAAUUUUAAAAAAGCCCUUCCUUUCAAUCACACAAGUACCAGCAUUACUGAGAAACCAGUUCCACAUAACCAAAAUUAACCUUUGAAAGCAAUUACAAUUAGACCAGCUAAAUUACAAACUUGCACAUUAGACCAACUAUUUAUUUAUGCUACAAACUGUUGUUUUGCACUGACAUUCCUUACCAGCAAUAUCAGUUCCUUCUCUAACUAAAUUUAAACCUGAACUAUGCUGACUUCAAUGUUUUAAUCUCUGAUCCUGUCUUUAUAAUGUGGAUAAGCCUGUAUCCUUUUGUAUACACUAUUUAUUUUUCAUUUCCUCUGUGGAUUUACCCUCCCUUCCAGCCCAAGGGACAUGCAAUUAACUUCUGGAAGGCUUAGCCUCUCCAUCCUGGUACUGAUUCUUCGGCAGGGAAGUAAGUACAAACAGCCUCGUCACUUGUAAAUCCUUUCUGGAAUGAAGUACCUAGCUUCCAUUUAGCAGCUGUCCCCAAAAUCGAUUUGGAAAACACUUCUCAAAACUCGCUAACACUGUACUUUGAAUCCACAUUGUAUCAACGUCAUGUCAACAGUGCUCUCUGACUUUAUCAGGUUGUAUUCACUUUAUUAUUUUGAUAGGUUGCACUUACAUCUAAAAUUAAUAGUACAAAGGUAUAAAGUAUCCAGUUCUCAGUGUAUAGAAACGUCUUUUCAGGAUUCGACAAUGUAUCUUUAUACAGAGACAUUAUUAAAGAUUCUUUUCAAUAGUUAUAA